ACACCCUAUGUAAAACUUAACCGACAAUAAAAGGUACCCAAUUUGUAUUUAUAAUUCGCGGCAUCUCAACCAAUAAAUUUUAUGUUCCCGCCGAACUGAUUCCAAGUUUGGUGCAAUUGGAUCGAAUUUCGAACAAAUUUCCUGGACAAGAUUUUCGAAAGAGCGAGCAAUGAGCUCAAGGAAGUUCUCCAUCAGGCCCGUCGGCCAGCGCUCAAUCUCUUCCACGUUCCUCUUCCGCCCCUCCAACCGGUCGAGCGAUGGUGGAAAGGAAGACCGAAUCGGAUCUGCAAGUCAGAAGAAUUCACAACUUUCGCUGGCUGAUUUCCUGAACACGAAGUUGCACAGGAGCUCUGUUCUGCCGUCGUCUGCUCCGGUAUGUACUUUACAUAAUCUAAUGCUCAAUAGACCCGACAAUGAGCGUGGGACUCUGUUAACUCAGGGGAAAGAGAUGCCUUCUUCAUUCCCAUCACCUGGUGAAGAUUCGGAUAGGGGUGCACAAGGAGAAAAGUGGGGAGUAGAUACAGAUGUCAAGUUUUCAAUUGGAAAUGCAUUCCAUAUCUUCAAGAAUGUUGAAAAAGACCGAAGCAAUUCUGACAACAUUAAUGAAGCCAAUGCAACUGAUGUUAUCGACGGAAAUGAGCUGGGACAAACAAGAAAAAGGAAAGAGUCGAGCAAAGGACACGAAGAUAAGACACCUUCCCGGAAGAGAUUGGCUGUUCUUGGCGAAGAUUCAAAACCGGAACACAAUAAAAGACGGUUGAAUAUUGCCCACAAGGAACCUAGACCCUUUUAUAACCAUUAUAAGAAUGGGGGCGGUUGGUGGGACGAUAACAUGGAGGGUGUCGACAACAAAGAAGUUGGUUGCAAUGAUCCAUGGGAGGGAAUGGGCUGCACCACCCUAGGAGGCAUCAACUGGGAUUAGGCUAACUUAGCAGCAGGCGAAGGAAUCGAUCUUCUUGAAUCAAACAAAAACCAGGUACGUACUCUAACUAUUACAUAUCUCUGAGUAGCCUAAUUUUGCUCCUACCUUGUUUUCUCUAGGCGUAGUAUAUGAAUUGUGUUUCCAUGCUCAGUAAAGAUGUGUCAUUAAGUUCAAAUGGGGAAUGAUUUGAAGCAUUUGUUUAGCUUAUGUGCUUCAUUUUUGUUUUAGUUAGGCCAAGGCUGCACACUGUAAAUAAUAGUUUAUCUAUUUUACUAUUUUUGAUUAUCUACCACGGUAUAUAUAUAUAUUUUUCAAUUUAGUAAAUAUGGUUUCACAUGGUAAUAAAAUUUCUUUAUAUUUCAUUUAAAGUUUUCAAUAUAUUACUAUCUU